UCGACCACCAUUACUCGGAGGAUUUCCCGGAGGGAGCGAUGGUCGUCUCUGCAUGUCAACACCCGCCUAUCGCCACGACGUCGAUGUUGGCGUAUAUCUUAUGUACACCACUUCACCGCUCCGUCGCUGAUCUCGUGGGGUGGUUCGCCAUCCUGGGCACAUACGGCGAUUUGGGGAGUAGUAUCAAAUUCGACGGGAAGCCGUGGCCGGAGGAGUUGGCGCCGUUGUUGAAGACGUAUACGAAGAAGAGGUUUACGGAGAGUGUCAGUCUCAUUAACGCUCCACGCCGGCUGGACGGAAAUCCACUUCCGGCAUGGGAGGCUUUGGACGCAGCUGACGCUUCUCCCAUCACCGUCGUGGAAAGCCAGGCGUUGAGAUGCGCAAAGGAGGUCACAAAAGCCGAAAUCGAACGCUGGCAACGUGCCGCACCUAAAUUCUCACGUGAUGGCCGAGUCGCGGUCGUUGAGGUCGACUCCUUCGCACAAGUCCACCCCGUCAUCGCAUCCCGGUGGUCUUCUACCCUCUCUAAGGGCUCAAAGGGAGGAAGGGGUAGAUGUGAGAUGGUAUGUGUAGCAAACACCGGCUAUAUCGACGCCCGCGUCAACUUUUCCUGUCGGCCCGUCGGACCGGGACGCCUCACGACCGAAGAAGGCGCGGAGGGGGAUGUCGAUCUAAUUGCGAUGUUGGAGGAGUACGCGAGUCGGAAGGAGGGCUUUAGGAGUAGGGUUGGUGCGGAUUUCGCGAGGGGGCAUAGGAGGGCUACAGGCGGGAGUUUGGCGGUGGGCUUGUGGGAGGAGUUUAGGGAUGAGAUAUUGGAGGUUGGGGUUAAGGAUCCUAAAGAGUUGAGUGUGAAGGAGGUCAAGGAGGCGAAGGAGCAGAAGGGGCAGAAGAAAUUGGAUGGGUUUUUUGUUAAGAAAGAGUAAGCACUGAGGAAGGAUCAUGCGAGGAAGCAUGAUGGGUAGGUUGGGUGUAAGGGUCAUGGUGUUACCUAUCGGUUCAUUUA